CGAACUUCGGCGAUUGUGAGUUGUUCAGGUUCCUGUGCGCGAUCGAGGGGGGUUUCGCUGGCGAAGCGCUGCUGUUAGAAGCCGAAGGAAAUCUAAAAUGCUUUCGUGAUCGUUUUUGGAUCGGGACUGGACGAUUGAGAAAACGUCCAGGCUGAUUUUCGGUGCGUAUUUCACCGAUAUGGUCCACCGCUUCUGUUUUUAAAUUUGCAGCCGGAACACAGGCAGCGGCCUGCGGCUUGACGCGACCAGGAAAGUCCGCGGAUUAGAUUUAGGCCUCGAUUCCGUUAAACUUUGAUCUCAGGAAAGCAACAAGAGCAAAAUAGUCAUCGCGCCGCUUUAUAAAGGAGUUCUCACCGGUCUGAGGGAGGCUGCUCUGUUUCAGAACCUGGCUCGCGGUUUUCUCCACUGGGAUGAUACGCACACACGCCGUGAUCUGAGGUUUCUGGGGCCGACGAGCGUUCCCUAGGGCUUUGGGGUGACGGAUCCUUUGUUCAUUUUUCUCUCUUGCUGUGGUCCCUUGAACCGUCAAAAUAAGUUCCUCUCUGCCCCCCCACCUGUCCCAUCGCGGCCAGUCCAACAACCCCUUCCCCCUGGAUUCCCAUGGUAAGAGGUCCCACUACGGCACCAAGCUGAAUCCCUACACCAGAGCGCGGAUGACGGAGGCAUGGCAGCAGCAUGCUGUCGCCCCGCCUCCCGUCGUCCACACCAUACCUCCAGGGGCGGAGAACGCCCUCGGCUGUGCGGUAUAUGGUAUCGUCCUGCAGCCGGACGCUGCGUUGCAGCAGCAGCAGUCGCAGCAACAGCAACAACAACAGCAGCAGCAGCAGCAACAUCACAGCCAGCAGCAUAGCCAGCAGCAGCACCCGGCACAAGCUCAGCAGCCGUCCCUGCCUGUGGGGAGCGAAGGGGGGCACAAGUGUGGAGCCUGUGGCCAUGAUAUCUCCCACCUGGCCAACCCCCAUGAGCAUCAGUGCAUGGUGAGUCAGGAUCGCUCCUUCCAGUGCACACAGUGCCUAAAGAUCUUCCACCAAGCCACAGAUCUCCUGGAGCACCAGUGUGUUCAAGUGGAGCAGAAGCCUUUCGUAUGUGGAGUAUGCAAGAUGGGCUUUUCGCUGCUCACGUCCCUGGCGCAGCACCACAAUGCCCACAACAGCAGCAACCCAAUGAAAUGCUCCAUCUGUGAGAAAACAUACCGGCCCGGCUCAUCUGGCAACGCCACCCCCACUUCGUCCUCCGGCAACCAGGGCCAGCCGUCCAACGACGGCGCGUCAGCCAGCAGCAGCGCUGCCGUGGGCACCUCAGGGCAGCCCACCUUUGAGUCCUCGGCCCCUUACAGGCCCUACAAGUGCUCCGUGUGCUCCAAAGGCUUCCGUCAUCUUUCUGAGCUCACCCGGCAUGAGCGUGUGCACACGGGCGAGAAGCCCUUCAAGUGCGAGACGUGCGACAAAAGCUUCAGUCAGUCGUCCCACCUAGUCCACCACCAGAGUACGCACAGCUCAGAGAGGCCCUUCAAAUGUGCUGUGUGCGAGAAGAGCUUCAAGCACCGCUCCCAUCUGGUGCGUCACAUGUAUGCCCACUCGGGCGAGCACCUCUUCAAGUGCAACAUGUGUGAGCUGCACUUCAAGGAGUCGUCUGAGCUGCUGCACCACCAGUGCCAGCCACAGGGCGCCCGGCCUUUCCGAUGCGCCACCUGCGGCAAGGGCUUCAAGCGUCCGUCUGACCUGCGACAGCACGAGCGCACCCAUUCGGAGGAGCGGCCAUAUCAUUGCGAGGACUGCCAGAUGAGCUUCAAGCAGCAGUACGCUCUGGUGCGCCAUAGACGCACGCACACGGCCUCCGCCGACCGGCCCUUCAAAUGCAACCUCUGCGACAAAGGCUUCCUGCAGCCAUCCCACCUGCUCUACCACCAGCAUGUGCACGGCAUGGAUAACCUCUUCAAGUGCGCCUCCUGUGGCAAGGGCUUCAGCCAGUCCGGAGAGCUGCUGCGGCACAAGUGCGGCGAAAGCUCCAGCACCCCCACCAACCCGGACAAGCCGUACAAGUGCGACGUUUGCGGCAAGGCCUACAAAAAAGCGACCACGCUGCAGCGCCACCAGACCACCCACUGCAACGAGAAGCCGCUCAAGUGCUCCCUGUGCGACCGCCGCUUCCUUUCCUCCUCGGAGUUCGUGCAGCACCGCUGCGACCCGUCCCGUGAGAAGCCCUUGAAGUGCCCUGACUGCGAGAAGCGCUUCAAGUACUCGUCAGAGAUGAAUCGGCACAGGCGUGUCCACACCGGAGAGAAGCCGUACAAGUGCGCCAGCUGUGACAAGGGCUUCAAGCAGCGAGAGCAUUUGGCCAAACACCAGAGCGUUCACUCCAGGGACGCCCAGUUCAAAUGCGUGUGGUGCGGAGAGCGCUUCGCCGACCUGGGCGCUCUCCAGGAGCACACGGUCCAGCACACGGCUGAAGGAGGGGGAUACCCGGUGAACUCGCUCAUUCAGUAAACUCCUCUCCCCUUCACUCCAGUCCUAUCCACUCCUGUUAUUUUCUCUACCCUGCUGCCAAAAGCAAACACAAAGUUGUCCAGUACAUGGCGUUUCUGUGUCAUAUAGACUUUCAAAGGUUUCCCUUUUGGAAAAAAGAUGAAAAAAAUGCUGAACCCAAUUAUGAUUUAGAUAUACCAGAUAAAUAACUAUUCCCCUUUCAUACCAAGAGGCAUUUCGACCCUUAAGGUUCAUUUUCAAGUGGAUGGAGAUCAGAGGCAUCAGUUUCUUUUACUUUGUUUAAAAGCUCCCUUUUUUAAAUAUGGGAAGAAAAUUCAAAAUCAUACAGACUUGCGUAAAAAUUUUAAGAUGAUGAGCUAAAGGAGAGGUGGAGAAAUGCCAUUUGCAAUAUCAUGAAGAAAUGGCCCAACCGUAGUCAUUCUGUUCAGAAAGGAAAGCACCGUGACUUAAAUGGUCCUGAAGCUCACCUUGAGUUUAAUAACACCUUUAGAAGGAGGACUCAGUGGCCCGUUCAGUCUGUGGAGUGCUGAACUUUUAUUUUCAAGAAAAGUAACAAAAAAAAGUACUAGACAAAAACAGAAAAGGUUGUGUGCUGCUUUUGUCUGGUGAUGGAUUGUUUAGGAAUCGAUUAUACUGUUAUUCUCCUGAUAAUGCAGCGUUUUUGUUAUGGGAUUUUAGUAGCUAGUGCAUUAUGGGGUAUAGUUUGCGUGCUUCCUGUCUGUUGAGUUUUAAUUCACAGCUACAAAUAAAUUUCUAAUCAUUUUCAGAAUUUAGGAGAGUUUUUUUUUUUCUUUUUCCAGUCACUAGCUGUGCUUUGAAUAUGAAGGAGUCUCACGAUAAAAACAGUGGAAACAUACUGUAUAUAUCUACUCAAGUCACCACUUGAAAACUAUAUUGCCUGCAUUAAGACCCCUCAGCUGGUCGUAGCUGACGAGAUUUUAAGAAAAGGAUGGGGGACUAGCCUAUAUUGUGCUAUUAUAAACUAUUGAAACUGUCUGUAAGUGUGUCAAAGUAUGUGUGCCCUUUGAUGUGGCAACUAUAGUAUGUACCAAAAAAUGAAAAACAACAACAAAAAAAAAAAAUCAACCCACCAAUGUACUGUACUGUACUGUACCUCCCCAAAGGGACAGAUUGUUAACCAGCUAAAGCAUCGUGGCCGCCACGGUCUCUGCAUUUCACUGCGAAUUCUACGUAUAUAUAGAAACUAUAUAGAAAUAUAUACUUCAUUCUUGUAUACAUACAGUUCAUAUUACAACAAAAAGGAAAAAAAAAACAGUACAGCUGUCCUGAAAUUGCCUAAAACCUGAAAAGGCUUUAUGUGUUACUGUAUGUACAUAGGUUAGUAUGUAUGCUUCAUGUUUACCGGUCCUGUCCUUAGAUAUUGCAUUGUCUUUCUUAAAACGCAUCGACUAUUUUAUACGUAGCUUUUUAUUAUGUGUAACUAUCUUCUAUCUUGAUUCAUACUUUUUUUUUCUCCUUUUUUUUAGUUUCUCUUUUGUAGAUUCAGUUAAAAUGUAGAGUUGUUUGUUUGAUGGCGUGUUUUCAGAAUUGUGAGAGUUUGUCUUUUUUUUUUUUUUGCCCAAUCUCCGUUACGCAGAUGGGAAGGCCGGGUGUUGUUGCUCUCGCGUCGGGCGGAAAAGAAGUGCGAGGCGGUGUUGGGAGUGUCUUCACCCGCCGUAGGCCUUCUCACUUUAGUGCUGUUGUAACCCAUUGUUUUUUAAGUUCCCCCUGUACAGCACCAUACAGCCUGUAUAGAUUAGUUAAUCUGUUGUUUCAUUCCUGCCGGUCCCUGUUAUCUUGCCUGCAUUUAUACUGUACCUUGAUUAAGCCCCGCCCCUUUUCUCUUUUGUAACAUGAAGGUUUUUUUUUUUUUGUGGUAUUUCGGUUGCCCCAAGAUUUAAGGGAAUACGUGUAAGGGCCUAUAAGGGGUGACUCAAUUGCAUGUUUGUUUCCGCAGGUCUGUUGUAUAGAUCUUGCUCAUAGUAUGGAUUUUUUUAUGGCUGUUUACUUUAACGUUUUGCUCAUGUUAGAAGUAGUUUCUCCGUGUUGCUUUUUUUCCACCACAGUAUACGUUUUCCACAUUACCCUGGAACUUGAACGCCAGACAGGGCAGAACUCGUGUAGGAUCUGAAUUUGAAAGGUGACCGUAGCUUUGGUUUGUGUCGGUGGGGUUCCCUGCAGUAGAUGGGCAGGCUCUGGGCGGGAGGACGCCCAGGCGGUCGUGGGCUGUGCAGUAUUACGUGUCGUGUGGAGAUCUCUGCACUCGGGGCGGUGUGACCGGAGUGCUCGUAUAUGUGACACACUUUGGCCUUAAGCAGGGGCGAUUCUGGGUGUUUCAAUAGCCUCCAUUGUGUGUGUUUUUUUUUUUUUCAUUCUUUUAAAAAAUAUAUAAAAAUAUUUUACAUCUUAAUAGUGUGUGUUUAUCCAAUGUUUGAAGAUAUCAAGGGGCUUUUUUUUUUCAACUCCAGGCAUUAAGAAAAGAUAAAGAAAAGCAGUUGGGAUUUGAAUAAAAAAAGAAAAAGAAAAAAAAGUAUGUAUUUCAUGUUUUUUUUGUUCUCACGUUUGCAUUGUAUAUUAAUUUUUUUUAUUAAUAUUGUUAAAAAUUUCUAUAUAAAUAUCUAUAUUCUUGGUGGUGGGGUCAGGGCCGCAGGGGAGGGUGUUGGUAGGAGUGAAUCUGAGCGGGCCUGGCCUUCAGGUGAUGGAGAGUGGCCUUUCCCUGUGGUCCUGCGCUCUGCCUUGUGCAUGCCUGCUGUGUUAGUUCCUGUCAUCUGUUUUAAAGUAUUUGUGCUCCAGAGCACAUUUACUCCUCUUUAGCUUUUUUCAAAUUGUAGAUUGUGGAUGAGCUAGUAAGAAAACUUCAUGUGGCGAUGGAUGUGACAUUCAUGCUAAAUAUCUGUAUGUAGCAUUUAAUAUACACAGCACUAACUAAUAAACUUUUUCAUUAAUAA